AUGGCGUGCUGCACCACCAGCGGCUGUGGACUCCCCAGCAGCACCACCACCACUGGACCCUGUGUCUCCAGCUGUUGUAAACCUGCCUGCUCUACAACCGGCUGCGGUAAGCCCACCUGCUGUAUCACCAGCUGUGGUAAGCCUGCCUGCUGCACGACCAGCUGCGGCACUGGCGGAAGUGCUGGCAGUGGCCAGAAGGGAGGCUCAGGAGCUGCCUGCUGCCGUACCAGGUGGUACCGCCCUGACUGCUGCGUGAACUUCACCUGCCUGCCCCCCUGCUGUGUGGCCAGCUGCACGCCCCCAACAUGCUGCCAGCUGCACUAUGUCCAGUACUCUUGCUGCCGCCCAUCCUACUGUGGACAGUCCAGCUGCCGCCCAUCCUACUGUGGACAGUCCAGCUGCCGCCCAGCCUGCUGCAAGCCUGCCAGCUCUCAGCCUACCUGCUCCCAGCCCAGCUGCCCCCAACCCAGCUGCCCCCAACCCGCUGACUCCAAGCCCAGCUGCCCCCAACCCGCUGACUCCAAGCCCAGCUGCUCCCAACCCGCUGACUCCAAGUCCAGCUGCUCCCAACCCGCUGACUCUAAGCCCAGCUGCUCCCAACCCACUGACUCUAAGCCCAGCUGCUCCCAGCCCACUGACUCCAAGCCCAGCUGCUCCCAACCCACUGACUCCAAGCCCACCAGCAAUGAGCCAGCUGCUAAACGCUAA